AAAGGAGGAGGAGGAGCGUCGAUGCAUUACAGUGGCGCAGACGAGGAGAAGUAUAUGGUCGGACUUCACGAGAAGAGGAUGUCAUGCUACGCUGUGGUCUAUGCAAGCGAAGCCGUUGAAGCACGCGCCGCGACCACUGACACGCCGGUACAAAUGAUGCAGCUGUGUGUGCGUUGUGCUUGACUGGCGGACCGAACUGAUUGAUUGGGACGAAGGACUUUCGGACGAGUCGGAUCGACAGUCGGCUCGCGAGUCGCAGAUUCACUGAGAAGGCGCCCGAGGGUCCGAGGGUCCGAGCGAGUGAAGCUGGCUGGCGCUAAGGCUGGCGACCGCUUCGGUUCCUGUUCUUUGACAGGUCGAGGAGCGUGGAGCGUGGAGCGGGGAGCGUGUUGCUCGAGUUUGAAGGAGCGGGCGCGGGCGUGGGGAAUUCGAGAUGGUGGCGACUUUGAAAUGGUCGCUGUACUUUUGCGCGAGGACGGGGCGGAGUGCGAAGCAGAAGAGGAGCGCCGAUGAAAGAUGAGGAGGAGGAGGAAGGGCGAGCCCUGAGGAGGGACGAGGCAGCUUCGCCGUCUGCUCGCCGAAUUGCCGAGCAGGUGAAUGGCGAGAGCGCUGCGGCGGACGCUGUCACCGCACAUUCAUCACGAGCACAGCGGCUGCAGCAGCAGCAGCAGCAUUGGCGGAAGGGCGACGAUGAAUAGCGCGUUCGUUAUGCAGAACGGAAUUGCGGACGGAGGAGGAGGAGGAGGAGGAGGAGGAGGCGCUGUUUGCGGAGCGGCACCCUCGGCGGGGCGCUUACUCCACACCCCCCCGCAGCAACAGCAGCAGCAGAUGAGUAGUCACAUUUCAUCGUUGACGUCGCUGGCGUCCGGAGGUGGCGGUGGGGGAGGUCUAGGCGGAGUGCUCGGAUCCUCGUCCCCGGGAGGCUCGCUGGCUCGUGCGAGUUCAAUUUCGGAUGGCUUUUACAAUCUUAGCAAGUUGUCCUUCCUUUCCGGUUUGUCGUGGUUUAAACUUCUGAGCCGAGCGGGCUCCAUGGAUCGGCCGAUGAAGUCCAAGGGAACCUUGUACAGGAGGCCUAUGAUGCAGCUGCUGUUGUCCUUUGUGUUGGGGCUGGUGUUGGGAUUCACUCCAAUCAGCUGGUCUGGACUUGCGGCCGAAAGAGAUGAUCCACGGCGCGAACUUGCUCUGGAGGUCAAUGGGUUUGUCACCAAUUUGCCGAGGGAAGGCAGCCAGUCAGGGCACAAGCUUAUAGAGCUUGAAUCUGGACAAGGCGCUGUAGGUUUAGCACAGGAGGGGUUCGGGGGUUUAAACUUGGAUGUUGAUGCGUCAGAUAGUUUAGUGGCAUCGAGAUUAGCUUUCCUAGAAGAGAGCAGUUUGGAGAUUGCUCCAGGUUUGAAUUUCACCAGGGAUUCGCAACGAAAUUUGAUCAUUGUAGUCACCCCGACGUACAACAGAGCUUUUCAGGCACACUUCUUAGUUCGGCUGGCGCAUACUCUGAGGCUCGUUCCUCCUCCUCUCCUGUGGCUCGUGGUAGAAUCUCCCAGCCAGUCUAUUGAAACGGCGACACUGCUUAGGCAGACGGGGAUAAUGUACAGGCACCUUGUUUGCAACGACAACAUGACAAGUUUCAAAGACCGAGGCAUCUUUCAGCGCAAUGCGGCACUGAAACACAUCGAGACGCACCAGCUGGAUGGAGUUGUCUAUUUUGCAGAUGAUGACAAUAUCUACUCUCUUGAACUCUUCGAGCAAUUGCGUAAAAUCAAGAGAUUUGGAACUUGGCCCGUGGGUAUGCUCGCAGAAAGCAAGGCAAAAACCAUUGUCGAAGGACCUGUUUGUGAUGAAGGGAAGGUGAUAGGCUGGCACACAAACGAGAAGAGCAAGAGAUUACGUAGAUUUCACGUGGAUAUGUCUGGCUUUGGAUUCAACAGCACAAUGCUGUGGGACAAAAGUGCGUGGCGACACCGGUCGGAGGAACCAAUCAGACAAUUGGAUACAAUAAAAGAAGGAAUGCAGGAGACAACAUUUAUAGAGCAACUGGUAGAAGAUGAAAGUCAGAUGGAGGGUCUACCAAGUGGGUGCAACAAGAUUAUGGUGUGGCACCUGCACCUGGAAAGCACCAGCCUCUCAUACCCUUCUGGUUGGUCUCUAUCCACACCUCUGGACUCCAAUUUACCUCUUCGUCACUAGAGACAUCGUUUCUCUGAUUGUGAUGUAUAUAAGAUUCCAUAACGGAUGGAGAUAGCGGUGAAGAGUUGCAUGGAUGAAAGUUGCUGUAAUGUCCGUUGUCUUCCACGUGGUGAAACUACGUGAUACAACAAUAUAUGUUGUAAACCUCAGCGGUACAUUUGACAGACUCUUUCCAUAGUACUCUUGACGAUUGGCUAGCGUUUGAACUGUGAAUUCACCAACGGGUCACAUUUAGAAUCUAGAAACCCGAUGGUAAUUCGCACUUUGGUUGUCACAGCAAGAACCCAAAACUUGCAAUAAAUCUACGAUCAGCUUAGAACCAUGAGGACUUGUUAGUAAAUUGCUAGUUAGAAUCAGAAUGGGGACAUGCACAUGAGGUUCCUCAAAUCUAGAUACUUAUAGAGUCGCAGGUCCGAAGGGCUGUUUGUUGUUCAUCUAAAUGUACGGGUUCGUCUUGCUGGAAUUUAUUAACUUUUGUACAGGGAUUACAUCUACCUUGCCCCCAUGUUAUCCCUCGUCACAUGUAUGGAACUCAUGAAAUUCUGUUACUGAUCUUUUGAAACUGCAAAUAAGAUGUG